AAGUAUAACAGCCACGGGACACGAGUGGAAGCGAAAAUCUCUGCACCUGCCAAGCGGUGUAGCCUACUCGCUCUGCUGUUCCUUGAACGGAAAGACGGUGACGGGAGAUGUAUAUGUUUGACAGGAUCUGGCCUAGACUCGCAUCCAGGUAGCUUCAGCUGACAGUGCAUCACAUGUUUUUUUAAAUCUCGUCGAUUUUUUUUUUUCUUUAACACAUUUUUUGGUGCCUGUUGCUAUUUCCUACAAGGACUGUGGCUACAUGUUUUAAUCAGAAAUUGAAUAAAGACUGUCCCUCGGACUUUUAACAAAAAAUGACGAUUGGAUAGCAUUGACACGUUUUUAUGCUCAGCAUUGCAUGUUCUGAGGAUGGAACAGUGCUUUCGAAACGCAAUUGUGCUAAAACACGUUUAAAAUGCCCUAAACUAUUCACUGCUAUUGCGAUUAUAUAUCGUUUUGUGCCGUAUUCAGAAUAGCCACAGACCCAUUUGCUUUAAGGUGCCUGCUCUCCGCAAUGAGUCGGCAUGUCCAUCUGGCUGAAUAUGAAUCAUUCAGUCUUUUCUAAAAGACCAGCGCUCUGUGCGUAAACAUGGAGUUUCUGAUAUAACACGGAUUAUGUUUGGAAUGACCAGAAAAAAUCUCUAAAUGAUCUACAUUGGGUUUUUGCUCCAUAUUUCACAUUGAAUAUAAUUUUAAUAUAUAUCGGUGUUGUGCGCUGCUUUUUUGGUUUAGUGAUAUAACAGCAACUACUUAGUAGUGAAUCCUGUACAAAAUGAUCAAGAUGAUACUGUUUCGUAAAUUUCGAGUUUUGAUACUCAUGGUGUUUUUGGUGGCGUGCACCAUGCACAUUAUGAUAGACUUGCUCCCAAAACUAGAAAAGCGAGCGGCGGGACCGGAAACCGGCAACGGUGGCUGCCAGUGCACUCACAACCCGAGCGAGGAGGCCGGGAGCUGGGGGAAGCAACGCGCUAGGUCGGUGGCGGAACCGGGCUGGCCUAACAAACACACGCUGAGAAUCCUGCAAGAUUUUAGCAACGAGCCGAGCUCAAACCUCACGUCCCAUUCCCUGGAAAAAAUCCCUGCCGCUGGGGAGAGAGGGGAGUCUUUCAAACGAAUGAAACAGUACGACGGGGCAGCGGAUAACCAGAAGCCGCUCAUCAGAGACGCCAGCCGGGGUAAGACCGUUGCUGCGCCCGGUAUCUUCCGGCUGCCGGCUCUGUUCGAGCAUCCUUUAUACAAGACGGACCUGCCGACCCUCACAGACGACGACACCUUGUUCAACGUCAAUACUGACAUCAGGUUCUAUCCGAAAGCAGCGGGGAAUCAAGAAUGGCACAAUGAAGCUAACGUGGAAGAGGAGGAGUACCCCCCUACAGGGGAGGUGACAGCCGAGUCCUACCCCAACUGGCUUCGCUUCCACAUCGGUAUCAACCGCUACGAACUCUACUCCAGACACAACCCUGUCCUGGACUCCCUGCUCAAGGAUCUGGUCACCCAGAGGAUCACCAGUGUCGUCAUGAAGUCAGGAGGAACUCAACUGAAGCUCAUCAUGACCUUCCAUAACUACGGACAGGCGCUGUUCAAGCCCAUGAAGCAGACCAGGGAACAGGAGACGCCCCCGGACUUCUUCUACUUCUCUGACCUGGAGAGACACAACGCUGAGAUCGCUGCCUUUCAUCUGGACAGGAUCCUAGACUUCCGGAGAGUGCCCCCGGUGGCGGGAAGACUGGUCAACAUGACCAGGGAGAUACGGGAUGUGACCAGGGACAAAAAGCUCUGGAGGACUUUCUUCAUCUCCCCAGCCAAUAACAUUUGUUUCUAUGGCGAGUGCUCCUACUAUUGCUCUACUGAGCAUGCUCUGUGUGGGAAGCCGGACCAGAUCGAGGGUUCUCUGGCUGCCUUCCUGCCAGACCUGGCCCUGGCCAAACGCAAGACCUGGAGGAACCCUUGGAGACGAUCCUACCACAAACGCAAGAAAGCAGAGUGGGAGGUGGACCCAGACUACUGUGACGAGGUGAAGCAGACUCCUCCCUAUGACCGUGGUUCUCGUCUGCUGGACAUCAUGGACAUGACCAUCUUUGACUUCCUCAUGGGUAACAUGGACCGGCACCAUUACGAGACUUUUGAGAAGUUUGGAAACGAGACCUUCAUCAUCCAUCUGGACAACGGAAGAGGGUUUGGGAAACACUCCCACGACGAGCUCUCCAUCCUGGUGCCUCUGAGCCAGUGCUGCAGAGUGAGGAAGUCGACCCACUUGCGUCUGCAGCUGCUCGCCAAGGAGGAGUACCAGCUGAGCCGUCUGAUGGAGGAGUCCCUGCUGCGUGACCGCCUCCACCCCGUCCUCAUCCAGCCCCACCUGGAGGCCAUGGACCGGAGGCUGCGCCUGGUGCUCCAGGUCCUGGCUGUCUGCGUGGAGAAGGAGGGCUACAGUAACGUGGUGGAGGUGGACGACCACCACUGGGCUAGAGAAGCCAGAGGGGGCAGGGACACAGCCACCCAUAGGAACCCAGGGCACAGGUAGUAAGGCCUGGCUAGGAAGAGAGGGAGAUGGGGGGUGGAGGGGUGGUACCGCUGCUUCUCCCGCUUCUCCCAAUCCUGGACCUCCAAAGAAACUACCGUUGAUGGUGAACCAACCAUGGGUGUCUGGUCUCACGGAGAGACUGACUGGAUCCUGUGACUGUGCGAGAGCCGCCAUUUUGAAUUCAGUGAAUUCCGAGACUUGCCGCCAAUGCCUCUAUGGAACCUCCUAUGUACGUGUAUUUAUAUAUAGGUACUGUUGGUCCACAGAUAUAGCAGUGAGCUGAGGAGAGAAGAGGCCUGGUCUUUGCUAAGUACCGAUGUUUUAUUACUUCUCUUGGACAUGAUAAAUAGGGACCAUUUUGAUUUGACUUUGUUGGUUUUAUUAUUUUAUGUUUUUUGGGUUGUUUGAAUGCGAAGGCUAUCAUUGUUUGCUCGGGUUAGCGCUAAGCUAGCUACAGUAUAUUUGUGUUACACAACCAAAUGAGAUUUUACUUUAACAAGUUAAAAUGUGGUUUGAGCUUUAUUUAUGCACAGUAACUGGAGGAAUGGAAUAUAAGGUUUAUAGAGCUUUAAUUUUAGAGGGAGUGUAUGAAAAGAAUAUAGUAUAUUAUUUAUGAUAAAUGUCAGUGUGACUGUUAUUUAUCAGUUGUCUCCAUUUUCAACCCAUCACUAUCUAUGACUAUGCUAUAUGCCUCCAUUACUAUGAGACAUUAUACCAGAGGCUGUUUACAGUACAGAAAUGACCUGCUAUUUACUAAGAAAUUACAUGGUAAAAUGGUAAUUGUACAGUAAUACCCCAUUAAUUACUACAUAAAGUACUCAUUUGGUACUUUGGGAUUCAAACAAGCAUUUAUAUACACACCGUUUUGAUCCAGGUAGUUCCCAGUUGUGGUGAAUUUGAAGCAUAAAGUAUAGUGAAGCCCCAGCUAGUACUCAGUGAUGCCACAUCGUUUCCUAAUAAGUACCACCUAAAUACCCGUUGAGUCAGUACACCAUUAAAGAAAGUGCUACCGGUUUCCUUUUCAAUAAAGCUUUCAGAUCAACUUAAAUUCAGUGUUCAAAGCCUGGAUGGAAGCAGCUCUCUUAAACAAGGGCUCUUAGAGAAGCACCUCUCAGCAGCCCAGAAGUUGACUAGUGUUGAGUGCCCUUGCCCUCGUCCAUUAAUAUUAGAUAUCAUUCAAUCUUUCCAUUUCUUGGCACUUAAGAUAAUUGCUGACCCAUUUAUUCAGAAAUUCUGCCUUUUUGACCGAGGAACUUCUAAAUCAAUGCUUUGCUGGAAUGGCUGGAAUGAAAACAUGCUGCGUGGUUUACUAGGACAUGUUUGUCAAGGACAUGAGAAUAGCCUUUACAGGAAGUUGUGAUAGAUGAUGACAGUGUGACCGACAUGGCUGAAAUGUUUGGUUUUGCUUAGAUCUCACGUCAGCUGAGCCUCUCUGUUCUGCUCUCAACAUGGCAGUCCUGGUUUACAGGAUGUGGAGACAAAGGGUACCUCCCAAAUGACAUCCUAUCCCCAUAGUGCUCUGGUCAAAAGUAGUGCACUAUAUAUGGAAUAGGGUGCCAUUUGGGAUUCAUCCAAAUAAUAAUAAUACACGAGUAUGUAAAUACUGCCAUGAGAGAAUAUCAAUCUGACGCUAUUCAUUUAAUUGGCCUUGGGGGGUCUUGGUAAAAAUCCCCAUAUAUCUUCAUAUCAUGUAACAAAUGAGUGCUUUUUGUUGUUUUUCCCCCAAAAUACAUUAUCUCUUUGCUUUAUCCCCACGUGAGAUUAUUUUAUUACCAACAAUUUCUCACCAGUUUUGCUCACACUUCACGCAACCUCAAGUUGACGAAAUUAUUAUUUUGGAGAUGGAAAUAGUCUAGUCUCUAUCCAUGUGGCUGUAAAGAUAGGUUGGAACAGUGAUUACAGUGUAUACCAGUAUACGAGUCAGAUGCACUACCCCGUUGUCAUGUCAUUCAUCGUUUAUACCAACUCAAGUUACCAUUACAACACCAAACAAAUGUCAAAUGCAGUUUUCUGUUACAAUCCAGGCUGCACAGUAAUGCACAAUGUGCCUGUUGUAUUGUUCAACGCUUUUCCAAAUGAAAAUAGGAUUUGUCAUAACAUUUAGAAAUGGAUGAGGAAAUAAGGGGUAUGUUCUAAGGCUUUUCUUUUUUUGAAACAUUUCUCUUUAUGUUUUGGUACUAAUUAUGUUUUGGUACUAUUUAAUGUUAUGUCCAUUUUAUGAUCUGAAAAGCUGUCUUUGAUUGCUGGAAGCGUUGAGCUCAAUAGAGGCAUUGUAUAUUCCACCAAUAGCCCCUAGAAUCUGGCUACGUAUGGCUAACCUGGUGCCUGUGCAAUGUUGGGUAUACUUGAAUGUUUCGGGUGGCCAUACGACCAGGACUACAACUACAUAGAGUUCACACUACAGCCUGUGUGACCUGGAUCCUCAGACUAAGUUGGAAGAGUUAACCUUAUACAUUUACGUUUGAGUCAUUUAGCAGACGCUCUUAUCCAGCGUGACUUACAGUAGUGAGUACAUACAUGUUUGCAUACUUUUUUGUACUGGUCCUCCGUGGGAAUCGAACCCACAACCCUGGAGAUGCUCUACCAACUCAGCCUUCUCCUCCCUUCAUACAGCAGCAGUUAAAGGGUUAACUCGGCCCUGGGCGUUGUACUUGCGAUUUUCAUAUUGUCACUGUAAAUAUCUAUAAAUAUAUUGGAAGACCUAAGAGGCUGCAGUGCUGCAGCGAUACGCUUCUGUUCUGUUUUCUCCUAUUGCAUUGUUGCUGUGAACAUCUGUUAGCUAAAUGAUAAAGGUGUGCAAUAAAAAA